AUGACUGCCGUCGCGAGUCCGCCCAGCUUCCAGCAACUCAAUCGACCGGGAUGGAAUGUUAAUGGCGGCCAAAGUCUGAAUUCGAUGAACCCAGAAGACGUCAGAGGCAUGUUCGCCGCGCCUCGGAAGACGCUGCAGCGGAGCAACUCUUCCUCCUCGGUCUCGUCUACCUCCUCCAACUCGUCUACUACUACUGUUGCCACCAAUGGAUCUCAACCAAAUGGCACCCCGGCGUCUACAAACUCUGAUAUGAGCUGGUCCAGCACCGCCUCGAGAAAGCGACCACAACCCAAAGGACCAUGGCCGCCAGGCAAGCCAGAAGGUCAAGCCGAGUUCGGCAGACCCAUCAUGCGGAAUGCCAUCAACGGCAUCAAUGGCGGUUCGUCGCUGCAGACGGCACCGGGUCAGCCGCAAAUGAUGUCGCAACAGGGACUUGGGGCAAGGCCCAUGGGCGAUCCGAUGCCUAGCGGGCAGCCUGUGCUCUAUCUCUUGUCGCUCAAUGGCACCUUUGAACGCAAAACCAUCUCAGUACCAUUCUACCCAGAAAGCCUCCGUAUCGGUCGCCAAACCAAUCAGAAGACAAUCCCGACUGCCACCAACGGCUACUUUGAUAGUAAAGUGCUAUCAAGGCAGCACGCCGAGAUAUGGGCAGAUCGCACGGGCAAGAUUUAUAUUCGUGACGUUAAAUCGUCCAACGGAACCUUUGUCAACGGCACACGUCUCUCCCAGGAGAAUCGCGAAUCCGAACCACACGAGUUGCAGACCGGAGAUCAUUUGGAGCUGGGAAUCGAUAUCGUGAGCGAGGAUCAGAAGACCGUCGUCCACCAUAAGGUUGCCGCAAAGGUCGAGCACGCUGGCUUUAUGAGUCCUUCGAGUAACGUUAUGGACAUGAAUUUUGGCGAUUUGGACCCCGCGAAUGGUGGCAUGAUGAUGCCGGCGCCGAGCCCGAUGCCCUACCGUGGCAGGACUGGAAGCAACGCAUCGAUGGCCAGCAAUGGCCGCAUGAUGGCACCCCAGAAUAUGGCCGGCAUGGCCCCUAAUGGUGGAGCAGCCCGUGGGUUCUUGUUAACGCCCAUUACCACGGAGCAUAUCGUCAAGAGACUUCACAACGAGAUGCGCAAUGCUCGAUUGCAGUCUCAAGAUCUGUCUCGGACAGGCCAAUUCGUCCAUGCUCUCCUGAGCAAAGAUGAUGUAAAGGACCUCGAGAAGCCGGAAGCCCCCGAACCUCCGAAGCAGCUUCCCAAUGGCAAUGCUCUACCCUAUCGCACCGAUGCGAAGACGAGAUUUUCCGAUCCUCCUGCCCCGCCUCCUCAGCAGCCGCUACCUGAGAAGCCCGAUGUGCCUUCACUGAAACGGGGCACCACUGAGCGACCAAAGACUACUAGCACCACCUCGCCCGUUGGACGAGACAAUUUGCAUCAGAUCAUUCAGUUGACCGAAGCCUUGAAUAACGCAAAGAAGGAAAUGGAUACCCAAACAGCCCGUAUUAGGGAUUUGGAAGACAUGCUCCGAAAGGAGCGGGAGGCACGCGAGCUGGCCGAGGAUAUGGCAAAGAUCCUCGAGGACAGUGCCUCGAAAGAAACCAAUGGCGCGCCCAAGGAACACGAUACCGAGGCUCUCCUCGAGGAGGCCUUCGAGCCGCCCCGCGAUGCUGCCGACACCCAGGAUAUCGAGAUGACAGAUGCUGAACCGCUACCCAAGGAGCCUGCGCCAGAGAGCGCUGAGGAUAUUGCUGCACGCUUCCAGGUCAAGCUUGACACAAUGAUGUCAGAAGUGACGGACCUGAAGCAACAGAUGGAGGCAUGGAAACACAGAUGCGAGAAGGCCGAGACGGAGCGCGACGCUGAUCGUCAAACUUUGGCCGAGAUGGUUGCCCAGAUUCGCAGAGACGAGGAGGCCAGGCGAAACGCUGCUGCUGCGGAGAAGAAUCGUUCUCUUUCCCGAGGACGACGCGGCCGGAGCGAGGGGCCUGCCGACAAGACAACUUCAGUUGUGCAAGUCAACGGAUCUGGUGACUCGACGCCUGCUCCCGCACAGGCAGAGUCCCCCUCGGAUGACUUUGGCGACAAGCCCACCUUGUCGCGAGCCAACACCAUUACGCCACUUAGCAUACCCCCAAGCAAGCUGGCAAAGGAUCAGGCCAUGAUGGCCGGGGUUCCUUAUGCUUCCAUGCUUGGCGUGGUAAUCCUUGGCAUGGGCCUCAUGGCUUACAUCAACGGCUGGCAACCCGAGCCGACUCCCCGUCAUUAA